UCAUGAGGUGGAAGCGCCCCUGACUGUCGCGCGGCGCACGGCCCGGCGUGCCCUCGGCCCUGUCCCGCCGGUUCGCGGCGGCGCGGCCCAUGCGGCUGAUAUUGCUAUAUGGAGAUCUGCCGAAAAAUAAAGAAAAUAUAAUCUAUUUAGCAAAUCAUCGCAGCACAGUGGACUGGAUUGUUGCUGACAUCCUGGCCAUGCGGCAGAACGCUGUGGGGCACGUGCGCUACGUGCUGAAAGACCGCUUGAAGUGGCUUCCGCUGUAUGGGUAUUACUUUUCUCAGCACGGAGGAAUCUAUGUGAAGCGAAGUGCCAAGUUCAACGAGGGCAAAAUGAGGGACACGCUGCAGAGCUACGUGAGCGCGGGGACGCCGAUGUACCUUGUGAUUUUUCCAGAGGGAACAAGGUAUAAUCCAAAAGUCCUUUCCGCUAGUCAGGCAUUUGCUGCUCAACGAGGCCUCCCAGUAUUAAAAUACGUACUGACACCAAGAAUAAAGGCAACGUAUGUUGCUUUUGAUUCCAUGAAGAAUUACAUAGAUGCCAUCUAUGACGUCACAGUGGUUUAUGAAGGGACGGACAAAGAGGGCCAGCACGUGGAAACUACGAGCAUGCCCGAAUUCCUCUGCAGAAACUGUCCAAAAAUUCAUAUUCACAUCGAUCGUAUCGACAGAAAAGACAUCCCAGAGGAACAGGACUCCAUGAAGAGAUGGCUGCACCAGCGCUUUGAGAAAAAGGACAAGUUACUUAUGGAAUUCUACGAAUCACCAGAUCCAGAAAGAAGAAACAAAUUUCCUGGGAAAAGUGUUGAUUCGAAACUAAGCCUCAGGAAGACUUUACCGUCAGUGUUGUUCCUGAGCGGUUUGACUGCCGGCCUGCUGAUGACGGAGGCCGGGAGGAAACUGUACGUGAACGCGUGUGUCUGCGGGACGCUCUUCGGCUGCCUGUGGGUCUCCGUCAGAGCAUGAGGGUGGCAGUCCCUCACGGACAGCCCGACACGACAUCCACUUGCUUCCUGAUUCAGCAAGGAGUGUAAAUAAAGCCUUGUUGAUUGAACAGCGGGUAAAAUGGAAUUUAUACAAAAGCCAACAUGCAUUUGAUUUUGGGCAAACUUUUUUUAGCAUUAGUGCAGGAGCUACUGAAAAGGUCAAAGCUAAGUGGAGUUCAUGCUGUUCUUUACAUAUCCCAUGAACUAAUGUCACCUGACAGCUGUUAAGACUGUAACUCGCUAUUGCUUUCUAACUCAGAUGGCAUAUUUUAACAUUACUUUGUAGCAUAUUUCAUUAUAUUUGUUACUUUCAAUGUCUGACAACUUGACAACUCCAAACUGUCACCACGGAGGUGUUCCGCCUCACUGUGUAACCCUUGGCUUUCUGCUUGGUGUCUGUGAGUUGGUGAAGAAAGUGCAUUCACGUGUCCAGACGCCCAGGGAAAAGGCAAGAAGUGUUACAGGACAGAAGCUCUGUUCAGUGUGCAUUUUUAUUGUAUUGCAUCGUUAGCUGGUUUUGCUUCAUAUUUGCAAAAUAAUUACCACUUAAUAUGUGUUGAAAUCACUUAAUUUGCGUACCCUUUAGUCUGCACAAAAGAAUAAGGUAGAAAAUGUCAAAAUGAAGUUUAAUUUAAAAUUGUAACUGAUGCAUUGCACCAGAACUUUAAAUUGCCUAGUUUUUGAAGGGUUAAACUGUGCUAUUAGCAAUUCCCAACAUCUGUGCCAUAAGUGCUUAAAAUGCUAAGGUUUCCCGUUACCUUCUAUAGCAGAAUAACCAGCGUGACCCUCUCUCUGUCAGAUUCUGAGCCUGCGGGGGCGGAGGUGGCGGGAGCCUGCCGGCGCCCUGCCGGGGUUGCCUGGCAUGUGCCUUGUGCCCGUUGCUUUCUGAUUUAAGCGGCUCGCCCGCCGUGGCGGUCACCCCUGUGCCGCCCGGGGGCUUCCCACUGUGCCGCCCUCCCGGCCUCCUCCGUGGUGCUGCGUGCAGUGUGGGGACACAGGGUCGCCUGGUCCGCUUUGCUCUCCCCGGCUCUGGGGAGUGAGCUCGGGGCUGCAGUGGCAGCGUCCUGCGUUCGUCCCUUGAGAGAAGUUCGUCUUCCUGCAGCCGUGCGCGCGGAGCGGGUCUGCUCGUUUCCCGUCCUGGUGGGGCGCGGCGGUGAUCUGUGUCUCCCAAGCCUGGGCUCAGGAGGCGGCACACCCGUGCAAGGAGGAGUUCUGGGAGUCUGACCUGCCCUGGUUUAUGUUACAAUAUGAACAUGGUUGUCUGCAGACCUUACAAUAACAUUUCUGCUCACUACUUAGGGGUUUUAGGUUGUUUUUUUGUUUUGUUUUGUUUUUUGCAAAAUUAUAUCAGUGACCCAGAUGAAGUGCACCAGUGGACUUAUAAAGAAAAUGAAAAAAAUAACUGAAGGAAAUUGUGUCUGACUGUGUUAUAUCGCUUUUCCCAAGCCAGAAAACAAGCCAUCUCUUGUAGUACCCUUGGAGAGUCAGGUGGUGCGAGUUGCUUUCUGUGUGUUGCCAUGUCUGUACGAGGAUUCAGACCUGUUCCCGCAGAGUACAGCUAGCCUAACUGGUUAGGGAUAGGUGGGGGACAGGUCAAAAUUGCUCAAAGUGCUUUCAUGACAAACUAAUUUUCUCUUUUUUGAAAAGUGAAAUUUAGAUCAACCCUGUGUCUUUGUUAAAUACAUUUUUAAACAGUGCUAAUUUCAGAGCUUAUUUCUGACAAGAUCAAAAUAAAUGUAAGCAGUGAUACUUUGAAUAUCAUGGAUAUACUCCAGUUUUAAAUUUUAAGAAGCAGUGUCAUUGGAAUUAUGUGGAGUAUAAGUGAAUUUAACGAGGCAAAGUCACCUGCGUUAGGUCUCUUGAACACUGUUUCUUGGGUCUGUGCUCGUACACAUCUCACAAAGGUGAGGAAAAACAAGGGUGUGGAAAAAUUUUUGUAUCAAGACGAAGUUUGUCUUUCAUGUGUUGAGUUGGACUUGAGUUACCCAUCUUCCAAAAUUAAAAUCUCUCUGCCUACCCAUAAAUCUUUUCAUACAAUAUCAUUUAAGCUUUUGUUUGUAUUAUUCUUCUUGAUUUACAGCUUACUUAUUAUUUAACUUUUCUUUAUAAGACUGCCAUCAGGGUGCAUGUUUGUGUUAUAUGCAAAGGGUGUAUUUUGAGGGAAGCAAUAAAAUGAAACAAAAUAAAGAUUUUUGCCGUCUGAUGUC